AUGUCGUUACCUACAAAGGCUACUCAAGUUAUAUUUGAACGAAACCCCCCAAAUGGUGGUAUCAUUGCAGAUACAUCCAAGCCAGAUGCAACAUUUGCGGUGAAAGAAACCAAACUUGACACAGACUUGAAAAAAGGAGAUUUGCUAAUCAAGGCAUUAUACUUUUCCAAUGACCCAACCCAGCGCAAUUGGCUUAGAAAAAAAGGGAAUGAAGCUAGAAAUUACUCAAAAAAUGUCUACGAAGGUGAUGUGAUGGAAGCUUAUGGACUUGCUGAAGUGGUAAAGUCAAAUGCAGAUGGUUUCAAAGAAGGUGAUGUCAUCAGCUCAAGGAUCCAGUGGGCAGACUACUCAAUCUUACCAGCAAAUGCUGUAUUCAACAAGAUUGACACCAGUACAGGCUUGCCAUUGCCUUAUUAUUUGUCGGUUUUGGGAAUGACUUCAUUGACUGCAUUCUUUGGCUUAACUGAAGCGGGUCAAUUGAAGAAAUUCUUGUCCAAGAAAGAGGAAAAAGGACCUAUUGUUUGCGUUUCAGCUGCUUCCGGUGCUGUUGGCUCCACUGUGGUGCAAAUAGCCAAGCACUUACUUGGUGCUUCCAAAGUAAUUGGUAUUUGUGGAUCUGAUGAAAGAGCAAAAUGGGUGGAGAAGCUUGGUGCUGAUUUGUGCGUUAAUUACAAGAAUCCUGAUUACCAAAGCCAAAUUGUAAAAUUUCUCAAUGGUGACUACAUCAACGUUUACUUUGACAAUGUAGGAGGUGAAAUACUUAGUUUUGUUUUAAGUCAAAUGGCAACAUUUGGAAGAGUUGCUGCUUGUGGUGCUAUAUCGGGCUACAAUAACCCCAAAGCUGCCACAGUUACGAGCUGGUUCCACAUUAUAGCUCAAUGCUUGACAGUGGAAGGAUUUCUUGUCAAUGUUUACAAAGAACAAUUCCCUGAAGCUAUUGACAUCUUAUCAAAGGCAAUAAAGGAAAAGAAAUUGGAUGUUGAUGAUUCCAUUCAUGUGGAGGCAUUGACUGGUGAUUCUGAAGAACAAAAGUUUGCCAAAGUCCCCCAAAUUUGGAACCAGUUGUUUACAGGAGAUAAACCAAAGGGUAAAUUAUUAAUCAAGGUUGCCUAA